AUGCAAUCUUCGGACGAAGGAGAAGAUCCAUUGCCAAAGGAUGAAGAAGAACUGAAAACUAAAAAAGAUAGAUACAAAGUGUUGAAGCUUCUCGGAAGAGGUGGAUACGGUGCCGUUUAUUCUGUUCUCCGCCUCUCGGAUUCGGAAAAAUUUGCAAUAAAAUGCGAGAAUGCGUCGGCCGUUCGGAAAUCCCUCUACAUGGAUUGUAAUGUUUUGAAAGGAGCCGCGCAAAUUAGAAGUCGUCAUUUCUGCACAGUCAUUGAUCAGGCUGCUGUCAAGGAUCGUUUCAAUUUCAUCGUUAUGAAGCUAAUUGGAAAGAAUCUUUGGGAUUUGAGAAUGGAUACUCCGGAAUGUAGAUUUUCAUUGGGGACUGCUCUAAAAGCCGCUGCUCAGUGUUUGAUUUCCAUCGAACAGUUGCAUAGAUUUGGUUAUCUACAUCGUGACAUAAAACCCGGAAACUUCGCAGCUGGCCGAGUAGAAUCCAACGAACAUCACACAAUUUUCAUGCUAGAUUUCGGAUUAUGUCGUGAAUUUGUGAAAAGAGAAGAGGGGAAAAUAAGAACUCAGAGAAAAUCGGCUCCAUUCAGAGGAACUACUCGUUACGCUCCUUUAAAUUCAAUGUUAGAACUGGAUACUGGACGGAAGGAUGAUAUUGAAUCAUGGCUUUAUAUGGUUGUAGAAUGGACUUCAGGAGGGUUGCCAUGGAGAAAAUUGAAGGCGUCAGACAGAGACAAGGUUCUUCGAUUCAAAAAAGAGUUGAGAAGCAAGGAUGAGAUUAUUGAGGAUAUGUAUUACAAUUGUCCGAGAAAGGAGUUCCACAGAAUUCUCAAGUACACCGACAGUCUGGAUUUCUACUCGCAGCCUGAUUAUCAAUUCGUUUAUUUCUGUAUCCAGCACGCAGCCACAGCCAACAAAAUCAAGGAUGCGGAUCCGAUAGACUGGGAUCCAGAUGUUCCUUACAUUGGACCCAUCGAAGUUCCAGGCGAUGGAAAAGUGAUAGAUUUGGAAGUGGAGAUGAGAAUGUCAGCUGAAGGAUCAAACAAUAAGACUAAAAAGGAAAAGGAUAGUAUGAAAAGACAGAAGAAAAAGGAAGAAAAGGAAGAUGCCAAGAAUAGAACGAAGAAAAGAGAAGCAAAGAAAAGUGAGAAGGAGAAAAAAGAAAAGACGAAAAAGGAAUCUUCUGGAGCUAAUGCAUCUAAAAAAUCAGAGAAUAAAACUUGA